GGGAGAGAUUGCGAGAGUGUGUAUAUGCUCAUGUGUGUUGUGUCCUAAAGAGCUAUGCACUGACUCAGCAGGAGAGAAACUGAUUAAAGGAGUUGCAUCAAAGAGAAAAACCGAGGGAGAAAGAGCGAGCGAGAGAAACCACAGGAGAGAAAGAGGUAGUGAGAGGGAACAGGGAAAGAGGAGUGCUGGAAAGAAUGCCGGAUGGAGAGAGUGGAGGAGCAGGAGGGCGCAGAAGAGGAGGGGAGAAAAAGCUUGCAAUGUGAACAUGAAUCUCUGACCACCAAGUGAUAAUGCUUCUCGCCCCCUCCCCUCUCUGUCUUCCUCUCUGUCUGCCUCUCUCUGUCUUCCUCUCUCUCGCCCUCCUUUCUUUUUGUUCUGGCCUGGAUCAUAGGGAGGAAUAAGAUGAUCCCUCCCACAGGCAGUGGUCCAGAUGAGCUGCUCUCCUCUUCCUCCAUCUUCGACCACGUGGACCGUCUGUCCCGAGGCUCUUCUGACGGCAGGGGUCGCCAGGCCAACAAGGUCCAGUUGAUUGCCAUGCAGCCCCGGCCCAGCCCACCACAAUGCUCACACAGCCCCACCCUCACAGAGAGGGUCAGCGCAGAGGUGGCUCUGAGACAUAAGUCAGAGAUCGAGCACCACAGGAACAAGCUGCGUCAGCGGGCUAAGAGGCGGGGCCAGUGUGAGUUCCCCUCUAUGGAUGACAUCCUGGAUGCCUUCGGGCAGGCGCAGGAGGAGGCGGGGCAGGGAGGAUGUCCCCAGCGCCUCUACAGCUCAGCCCAUGACCACAUGGACAGCAUCCUGCACACCGACCCCCCCUCGCCCCCCACCCCAGGGGAAUCCAGGAAGAGGGGGAGGCGCUCUCCCCUGGGCCGGCGGAGGCAGCAGGGGAACGGCAGUCUGCCAGACACAGACAGACUGACGGACAGAGACCGCCUGCUCACAGACCACAGCGCCACCUACAGGAAAUACCCUGGACUCAACAAUGUGGCCUACAUGUCGGACCCGGAUCUACCUCCAGACCACGGCAGCCCCUCCCCUAACGAUGAGGUGUUUGACCACGCCCCUCCCCCGCCCGCCCUACGUGCCCCCCCAGCCGUCCAUCGAGGAGGCGCGGCAACAGAUGCACUCCCUAUUGGACGAUGCCUUCGCCCUGGUGUCACCCUCCUCCCAGGGCAGCGUCAGUGUCGGGGUCACGCAGAGGUAUGCAGAGUUGGGGAUGUCUCCCUCGUCAGUACAAGGCCUGUUGCAGAGGCAGGGCCUGGGUUCAGGGGCCUAUGUUACUGCAGAGGAGCAGCUGCAAGAGUCUGUCUAUGCCAACAGGGGGCAGUAUGAAGAGCCUCCCUCCUCCUCCAGACCUCGGCCUGUUGGGGGGAGCACAGGGGCUCAGCUGCAUCACCUGACUCAGGUGGGGUUGUCGAGCCGGAUCAGUGCGUACCCUGGGGUGGGCCGCAGUGUCUCUGGUCCAACAGGCUCCAGCUGGAACCAGCAGCCUUUAGACCAGGACCUCUCCAGACCUGGAGCCAGCAGAGAGAGUGUGCUGUCGUUCCCUGAGUUCUCCUCCCCCGCUGUGUUUCAGAUGCCCAGCUCCUCUCUGGGAGACCAUUCUGUCCCCCCGAUGCUCCUGGCCCCUCCCACUCCAGAGUUCCCCCUAGACGAGUCCUCCCCCUCAGCCCAAAGCUCCGCCUCCCUCAUCAAGGCCAUCAGGGAGGAGCUACGACGACUCGCCCAGAAACAGGUUGCUGUGGCCGGCACCUACUCCUAGACCAGUGUGAGCCCCUACCCCAUAACUGGUCUGAACCAGUUUGAACUACUACCUAAACAAGUAUGGACCGAUCAGAACCACUACCCCAAACUAGUUUGAAACAGUCAGAACCACUUGCCCUAAACUGGUCUAAAGAGAUUUACACUGCUAUUCAUAAGCUGGUCUGAACAAGACUCAGCCAGUCUGCAACAGAUACGAUUUCCUUACAACAAUAACAUCACUGUUCUUUAAAGGGUUCUUCUCUCUGUAAAGGUUCCUCAUUCUACAGCACAGUGUUUCCACUGGACGGGAGGAUCGAGUUUGUUUUCUUCAGAGUUCCAUAGAAGUGCUUCCGUGAGAGGGGCCGUCUCUGCCCUUCCUGACCUCCUGUAUGUGGUGCUAAACCUCAGCGUAAUGUCUCCUGUCAUUAAGUUAACCACGCAUUGCCUUCAACAUACAUUCAUCAUCAGCCAUGUCGGUGAGGUCUUCUCCAUUCAUCAGCCAUAUUGGUGAGGUCUUGCACUGUAGAGAGAGUUGAAGACUUGGAGUAUAGUGUACUUUGCGCAUGGGGGAUUUGAAUAUAUAGAUGAAAAAAGUAUAUAAAAAUGAAAAUAUUAUAUGUGAAGAGAUGUAAAAAUCCCAAGUGAGCACAAUAUGAAUUAAUAAGAGUGACCAAUGGAGUAUUGAAAUUGUAUUUAUUUUUUAUUGCUCUGAAAGUAUACUUUUAAAUCCUUUAUUUUGACCAAAGACCAAUACUGUUUGGAUGUUCUAUGGCUGUAUUCUCCCUGUGUUGGCGCUCACUUUUGCCGUGGAGCUGAUCAUAACAUUGUUUAUCGCAAUGGAGACGUUGCUUAGCAUAGUUGCUGCUCGUGUGUUCAUGUGUUGCUGGUACAAAAAUGGAGAGAAAAAAAAUGGAUUAUGCGUUGCAGACAUAUAACGUGUGUAUAUAUAGUGCUUUUCAGUAGGUGUCAAAAGACUUGACAUGGGGCUAACCUAUCCCAUCCACCACCAAUGUGACUUUCUGCGGCAGAACUCUCACAGAACAAAGGCAUUUCUGUGGUGACGAAUGACUGUGUCGAAUUGUGAUAGUGUUUCUCUUGGUGGGAAGAGCUGGAAAACCACUCAUGCUUGACAACCACAGAAAAUAGGCUACCUGUGAAAUUUAAGAUUGAAAUGGGAAUGAUUUUACACCACAUCGACAUAAGGUAAUGCAAAGGUGAUUUGGGGAAUUUUGAUAGGAUGGUUUAUAGCGACUGAAAAACACCUACAUGUCCAAUUUCCCCCAAAUAGCUUCCUCUCCUUAUCUCCUUUCCUUAGUCAACUAUUAUCCAAAUGGAUGUAAAGGUGAACCUCACGAAGAGGUGAAUUUAGGAAACAAAGUCAUUUUGGACAAAUGGACAUACUAUACUGUAGCAGUUGGUGGGUUUGGUGGUGGUUGCGUGCUCUUUGUCUCCAUCUGCUGGUGGUAUGGCUGCAUGGCUGGCUUCCAUCUUUGCUUCAGGUUGUUUUCUCUGAGGUCUUAUUGUAUUGGGUUUGGUCAAUGGUCAGUAAUGUGUGGGUUUGUGCAGGCAAGAGAAGGCUUGCCCAUCCAGCUCUGUGCUCUAGCUAUCUACAGCAUGUUGACUAUGUUUGAGGCUUGGCUAGCUAGCUAUUAGUGAUGUGACUGUUGCUGUUGUCUUCUCUCAGGCAUUCUGCUAAAAUCAGUACAAAAAAAUGUUUAAAACAGAAGUUAAACUGAAGAGUUGUAACACACAAGUAAAGAGUGAGGAGUGUUAUACAGUGCCAUCCGAACCUGAUCCAUCCAAGCACAUAAUACAUCAUGAUAAUCAAGCAGUAGAAAAGAUGCACUAUGUAAGUGUCAUUCUGUUAUACUCUUGUUUUGCCUUUUCUAAUCAUUUUUUAAAACCUACAUGAAAAUUGAUAUAACAAUAAAUGCAGUAUAUAAAAUAAAUAUAAGCGUAAAAUAUGUCAAACUAUUUCAUCUGUGAUUGCUCAAUUAUAUGGACAACCUUUCAACGGAAGGACUAACACAUCUUCCCUGUGGACCAAUCCUGAUUCAUAACUCUUCAUCUGCUGGGACUUAUAAACGUUCCUGAUUGGACCUGGCACCUGUCAAUAAGGCUGUGGGACUAUACACAGAGUGGAGUCACAGAGAUGUGUGUGUGCGGACGACAAACCGAUUCACCUGGUGCUACUAAGUAACUUACAGUAACAGACCCUUCACUCCCUCUGUACAGGGGGUUGGAGUGUGUUGAUGUCUCCUCAGUCUAACAGCAUCUCACACACAGCCUAUACCGACAUGGGGAGCACAGACACACACUGCCAACAUGGAAAACACACACCCUCAGAAUUUGAUAUUCCUGUCUAAAAAGAUAGGCUUCACUUCAAACUCUGGAUUUCAAACUCUGCAGCGCCUCCUGAAUGUUUCAUAGUUCUGUGUUUUAUAGAUCUGUGAUUCUCUGAGACACCAGAGUGUCGGAGCAGGCUUGUUAUUGGCCCUAAUGCCCUGAGAUCAUACCCCUAUACUCUCUCUCUGUCCCCAGAGGGUAUGUGUUUUGUCUACUCUUGAGACUGGGGCGGCCCAUCUAUAGGCCACACCCUGGGGCGUAUCUUCGACAGUGUAGUAGAUGCUCAGGUGUGUUAAAUGUCAGACAAGGGUGGGGUUCCUGCCCGACUAGAUUCACAGACGUUGCAUUGCAUCAACGACUGCCCAGUGGGGCAUCAAAUUUCUAUAUCACAUGUUGUGAUUAACUGACAUGUUAAACACCUAUCCAGCUGUUGUGAGGUCUGGCAUGUGUCUGCAAUGUUGUCGGGCAGGAACACCACCAAUACCUGUUUUCUAGCUCUCUCUCGCCCUCGCUCUCUCCCCUCCUUUCCCUUCUCUCUCUCUAUCCCUCUCUUUCUCCUCUCUCCUCCCUCUGAGCUGCAUCCCUGUGGUGUAUAGAGUCUGAAUGAUGUGUAAAUCAAAGAUUAAAGAAUUAUGUGUUUAAAGUCA